GUAUUCACAGCUUCAUAUUUCCGGUUCUGGUCCACACAAGGGUACGUGGCUUCAAUUUGCAGGCAAUCACUUUAGCCUCGCCGAAGCCAAAAUGCCUCAACAAAGUGAAUUGAUGGAUAAAGCAGAAGAUGUUGUAGAUCAGAUACUGAGGAAGAGUAAACAUUUUCUUCCUCAUGUGGCUCGAUUUUGUCUGAUAGGAACCUUUUUGGAGGAUGGAAUUCGAAUGUGGUCCCAGUGGAGUGAACAACGUGACUACAUGAAUUCAACAUGGGGCUGUGGGUGGUAUCUUGCCACACUAUUUGUAUUAAUUAAUUUAAUAGGCCAGUUAGGAGGCUGUGUCAUGGUACUUAGUCGACAGAAGGUUCCCAUUGCCUGUGGCAUACUCUUCUCAAUUAUAGCUUUACAGACUGUAGCCUAUAGCAUCCUGUGGGAUCUCAAAUUUCUUUUUAGAAAUUUAGCCUUGGCAGGAGGAGUACUACUUUUAUUAGCAGAAGAUCGUGCAGAAGGCAAAAGUCUAUUUGCAGGCCUUCCAUCACUUGGAGAAAAUAACCCGAAACAGUACAUGCAGUUCAGUGGCCGCAUUCUUCUUGUGCUUAUGUUCUUAACCCUGUUACGUUUAGAAUUCGACUUCUUUCAAGUGAUACAGAACUUGGUUGGUACAGCAUUAAUUCUUCUUCUCGCUAUUGGCUACAAAACGAAGUUGUCUGCCCUUGUUUUGGUUGUUUGGUUGACAAUGCUGAACAUGUAUUUUAAUGCUUGGUGGAAUGUCCCAUCCUACAAACCAAUGAGAGACUUCCUGAAAUAUGAUUUCUUCCAGACACUCUCUGUCAUUGGGGGUUUGCUGUUGGUGGUGGCAUACGGUCCAGGAGGUGUCAGUAUGGAUGAGCACAAGAAGAAGUGGUGAUAAAAGCUGUCUAAUUGAUACCAUAGUAUAGACUGUUUAAUUAGUGUCACGCAAGCCAGUUAAUAGAACAUUGAUUUUCAGGCCUGAAUUUGUUUAUAUUGCAUUUCUAGUCUCGGGGUUGGACUUCUAAAAAUAAUUAAAUUUUGUGUUUGCGUUCAAUGUCAUAUUCACUAAAGUUACACUAUUGUGUAUUAAAGUAGGUUGACUUGAAUUUAUCCUUUCAAAAUGUAUCAUCUUAAUCUGGGGGGGAAACUUGAUUGAUUGAAGGUAAAGUAGAUUUUAGUUUCUUGAAUGCUAAAACUUUUACCUAUAAAUCUGAGAUUAUAUAAUGGAUCAGUCUGUCCAACUUCCCUUUUAUAAGCAUUAAUAGAUAAAUACAAUAUUUUCGAAAUUUAUGUUAUUUCCACGUCAUUUCUAACACAAGUCGAAGUAGUAAUUUGUGUAUACUAUUCAUGAGAUGUAGAUGCUGAAAUAUGACUAAAGAUAAACGCUACUAUAAAGUGUGGAAUGUAAAUGAAUAAUCAUAUGAUUAAGUUAUAUUUUAGACUGGUGUUUAUGUGACAUUUUUUUAUCCAGAUAAAUGAGCAACUUUCAUGAAGUGGAAAACAUGCAGUACAGUAAUUUUGAUUCAUGUAAUAAUGAGCUCUACAUGAUGAUACUUGUAUGUUUAAUUCAGAAUGCCAAGUUGCUUACAAAAAGCUACAUUCAUCUUCCAUCUUUUUUUAAGUCAUUUCAAUUUUCUGGAAUGUGCGUUUUUUCUAUUUAAGAUAUUUGUAUACAUUUACCCGGUACGAGCCACACCGUAGAUAUAUAUAUAUUGUUGCAAUCAUUCACAGAAAUAUUGCUCGGUAUGCGGUAUAUAAAUACACAAACUAACAGUUAUUCAGUUCUAGCCUUGAGUGUUUUGUAUCAUUCCUGCCUGAGAAUACUCUGAUUUAGGUAGGUGUGUAUACUGAUAACAAGUGUCUGGGAACCUCCAAUACCAGUACAUUUUGUAUACCUUGUCUAUCGCCAAUUGACUGUCAGAUUACUGGUAUACAAGAUUCCUGUACCGGAGUACUGUAUUUUUAAGGGCACCUUACAUUUGUAAGAUAAAUGUAGGGCAGGUGUUACAUGCUGAAACACUUCAUUUAUUUGCAAAGCCUCUCUGUGAAAAUAUGUUUAGUUUGUUGUAUAUUUUCUCUUGUACAUUUAAUGCAAAUUUGUGUACACUAAUUUCUUCUGAUGUACAAUAAGUAUGUUUCUCUGGAGACACUCAUUUGCCUUUCUGUGUUUUGAUUUAAUUACUUUUUUAAUUUAUAAAAAAAAUCUACUGCAAUGAAUUUAUUAAAUGAAGGAAGUAUAUAUUUUAUGAUAAAAGAAAUUUUGAACAAGCAUUGUUAAAACAUGCUUGUUGCUUUCUUUCCAUCCAUUUUUUUUCUUGAAUAUGUAAUGAAAAGUAUUCACAGGUUAAGCAGUUCAUAAAAGUUACAAAACAUAAUAACAAAACAUUCGAGAGAAGACAUUUUGUGUUGGUGCCACAUAAUGAUCAUUUUGGUGUCUGAAAUGUGGGUUCUGAUUUUUCCUUGUGUAGGUAUCUUGGUUUACUCGCUGUAUGUGAAAAUGAAUUAAUUGUAAUGAUUGUUUGUACUAUUAAGUUUGAUUAAUCUGUAUUCUUUGUGUUUGGUGGAAAGAUAAAUAUUAUUAACCCUUCAUGAAAUUUCUUAGCUUUAAUUUAUAAGUUUAAUAUGUUGCCUCGGAGUUGAACUUCUCUGUAAGUGUAAGCUAGUGUUUUUGGGUACGAGUACUAGAUCUAUUUAUCUGCUUAACACUGAUGUCUUAGGCCAUUUUACAUUUUUUUCAGUUCAUGACCUGAUCCAAGAGCCAAAGUGUGAUGUAUCAUGUACAAUCGUAAUUCUGUUUGAUUGUUAGAUUAUAGAUUUGGCAUAGGGUUCACCCUGACAACAAUUGUAAUCCACCUUUUGAGCCAUCCAGAUGUUUUUAGUACUGGGUACCACCAAGUACUGUUGUAUUGAGAUAGAGGACAGUACAAGAUGUAACCUGGUUGGUGAUUUACAAUUCAAUUCAUAUUCUGCUUCUACAAUAGUAAUUAUUAUAGUGUAAUACAUACGAAAAUAAUUAAGUGUCUAUUUAUAUGCAGUAUGGUGGGAUACUGCUGACUUUUGUACUUACCAUCUUUCUGCUUUUCAUUUAUACAUUUGAAGAUUUUUUAAGGUAAGGGGUAUUAAUUGGUGUGUUCAGCCCAUUAACAAUCCACCAAUCAGGAUGAACCUUAUCCAACCCUAUCUACACAAAGUUGUGUAGUUGUAUGUGUGAAGUCUUUUGUAAAACAUUACGGUAUGUGUUGAUGAAAGUGACAUACAUCAUCCAUACUUUUGAGAUAUAUUGUCAUAAAUUCUGUUGUCAUUUAGCCUGUAUAACAUGUUGUGCAUGAGAGGAAAUAAAAAAUCGUAAGAAUUCA